UUAUAACGAAAAAUGCGAGUGUUUACGAGAAACCCUUUGUCUAAGCAGGAAAUUCAUUGAUUUCUCCUCUUUUGUUUCCUUUUGCUUCGGAACCAUUGAACGUUGUCAUGUUGGAGUUCUUUCCAUUUAUGUUGAUCCCCCAAAGCUCUCUUUCACUUCAUUACCAAAUUUUUGGGAUUCUUUGCAUUUAAGGCUCUGAGCAACACAUUACACAAUUAGUAUUUGAACCCUCUUCUUAUUGUUCCAUCAUUUGCUCUACUAAGAAUGAUGGAGAAGGAGGUGGUGCUAAACCAGACUCACUCCAGACACCCUCUUUUAUGGCUAAUUAUCAUCUUUCAGUUUUCAUUGCUAUUUUUCUCGGCUUUCUCUGCUGAAAUCACAGCCAGAAAAAUCCUCAAAGAUAAAAGCAAGAAGUCUCCCAAAGUCCGUUUGGAAAAAACUGAUGAGAAAGUUAUUAUUAAUAAUGGAAUUGUUGAAGUAACUAUCGAGAAACCUACUGGUCAUUUGUUAGGAAUUAAGUAUAACGGAAUAGAUAAUGUGCUUGAAACCAAAAACGACAACGAUAAUAGAGGGUACUGGGAUAUUGUGUGGGAUCAUGAUAUGUAUGACAAGUAA